AGAAACUCAGCUAGAAGGCAGGGAGAGGGCUGUUGCCUCUCUUGACAUGCAAAUUGGUGUCCAGAGGAAAAGCAAGUGCUUAGAGUUGGCAGCUCAGCUUAGUCUGCCUGAGUACAUGGCUUCUUGCAGGCUCUCGUCCUUUCUCAGUGGCACUUCGACCAAAUGGGUGCAGAAGUUACUUCAGUUUUGACUAGAUGUUGUCUUUGGAAGUUAGAGCCUGUUGUGAUCGAUGACUUUAUGGGCCUUUCUGGUUUAGGCUCUAAUACAACUUGGUCUGUUUUCAGCCCUUCUUGGGGAAAUUCUUCAGAGAACAUUAUGCGCUUACAGUCUCGAUCACAUCUGGUUCUCCAGCCCAGUCACCAGUUUGCUGUAUUGCAAAGGAGUCCAUGAUUUGCAUCCUUAUGUCUGUGGUCCUUCUGUCUUGAAGGGUAGAUAUACAAGGAUAUGGGAAGGAGUCAGUGGAAAAAUAAUUGGGCAGAAGAUGGUAACAUCGAGUACAAGCUAAAGCUGGUGAAUCCCUCUCAAUACCGCUUUGAGCACCUGGUGACACAAAUGAAGUGGCGACUACAGGAAGGCCGUGGUGAGGCUGUCUACCAGAUUGGUGUGGAGGACAAUGGGCUGCUGGUGGGCCUCUCAGAGGAGGAGAUGCGUGCCUCACUCAAGACCCUGCGUCGUAUGGCAGAGAAAGUUGGAGCUGACAUUACGGUGCUGCGAGAGAGGGAGGUGGAUUAUGACAGUGAUGUUCCAAGGAAGAUAACGGAGGUGCUCGUCCGAAAGGUGCCUGACAACCAGCAGUUCUUAGACCUGCGAGUAGCUGUGCUGGGUAAUGUGGACUCAGGGAAGUCAACUCUGUUGGGUGUCCUAACACAAGGAGAGCUGGACAAUGGCCGGGGCCGAGCACGUCUCAACCUCUUCCGACAUCUCCAUGAAAUCCAGUCAGGAAGAACAUCAAGCAUCAGUUUUGAGAUUCUCGGUUUCAACAGCAAAGGAGAGGUGGUAAAUUACAGUGACUCCCGAACAGCAGAAGAGAUCUGUGAGAGUUCCUCCAAGAUGAUCACUUUCAUCGACUUGGCUGGCCACCACAAGUAUCUGAAAACAACCAUCUUUGGCCUCACCAGCUACUGCCCAGAUUUUGCUAUGCUGGUAGUUAGUGCCAACACUGGCAUUGCGGGCACAACACGAGAGCACUUGGGCUUGGCCAUGGCCCUCAAGGUCCCCUUCUUCAUUGUCAUCAGCAAAGUUGACUUGUGUUCAAAAGCCACUGUGGAACGGACAGUGAAGCAGCUGGAACGAAUUCUGAAGCAGCCAGGCUGCAACAAGCUUCCAUUGCUUGUCACCUCAGAUGAUGAUGCUGUUACAGCAGCACAGCAGUUUGCACAGUCUCCCAACAUCACCCCAAUCUUCACACUGUCCAAUGUUUCUGGGGAGAACCUGGAUCUCGUGAAAGUCUUUCUCAACAUCCUUCCUCCGCUGACCAACAGUAAAGAGCAGGAGGAGCUAAUGCAACAACUCACAGAGUUUCAGGUUGAUGAAAUUUAUACUGUGCCAGAAGUGGGAACUGUUGUGGGAGGAACUCUGUCAAGUGGGAUCUGCCGAGAAGGGGAGAACCUGGUGGUUGGUCCCACUGACGAUGGGAAGUUCCUCCGGCUGAAGGUGUGCAGCAUCCAGCGCAACCGCUCAGCCUGCCGCGUGCUGCGGGCUGGCCAGGCAGCCACGCUGGCCCUCGGACCUUUCGACCGCUCCCUGCUGCGGAAGGGCAUGGUCAUGGUGAGCCCAGAAAUGAACCCCACCAUCUGCUCAGUGUUCGAAGCUGAGAUUGUGCUGUUGUUCCAUGCAACAACUUUCCGGAAGGGAUUUCAGGUGACGGUACAUGUGGGGAACGUGCGACAGACAGCUGUUGUAGAGAAGAUCCAUGGAAAGGAUAAGCUGCGGACAGGAGAGAAGGCCGUUGUCUGUUUCAGAUUCAUCAAGCAUCCUGAAUACUUGAAGAUCGGAGCCAAGCUGCUUUUCCGUGAAGGAGUCACCAAAGGCAUUGGGCAUGUCACUGAUCUCCAAGCCAUCACCACCAAAGAAAAUGGCCUGGAGGAGUCUCUAGGGCCUGGACAGCUGAGCUUCUGACUACCACUAGGUCAGAGAGAUGUCUGCUCACCAGCAACCAGGGAGAAGGAUGAAAGCUCCCAUGGGUCUCUGAGUGACGCCUGGAGCUGCUGCUGUCCCAUUCUAGCAACGGUGUCUCUCCUCCGUACUGUGAGAUGGAGUCUCUGAGGGUUUCUCACAUUCAGUGCAGCACAUGAGGCAAGAUAAGCACAUUCUCCACAUUGCCCACUGCUUUUUGUUAUCCUGCCUUCCUUCGGAAUAGAUUGGAGGCAACCGCUGGUCUGGGCAGGCAAGUUCUGGCUUUGUUCACUGAACAAAGGAUGUUCACUGAAGGGAUGUUUUUCCACCUGUGACACAAGAUUUGGUCCCAUUCCAGCUGUUAGAGCACUGGGUUGAUGCAGUCCUGCAGCACAUCCCUCCAGGCAGGGGAUGGGAGAUGCCCUGCUGCCUGCAGCAAGAUCUUGGUUGAACCUAUCAAAAUACGUUCAAGACACUUUUUAACUAUUUUAAUCUUGGUUGGCUUUAAUCUGCUGUGUGUCCAUUUGUAUGUUGGUUUUGCAUUACUCCAGUCUAAGUGUCUUACUGUUGGACGAGCAUCCUGUCCUGUUCCCUGCGUGCAUGUACGCACUCCUUCAUGUGACUUAGGAAGCUGUGGCUGCUCAGUGUGGCACAGUCUCCUGGCAUUACAGCACAAAGGCAGAUUUAGUCAGCACUUGCAAACAGCUCCUUGAAGCAGCGGAGCAGGAGCUGUUUUGUGGAGCAGAGUGAGACCUGGGCCUGUGCUGGCAUGGGCAGAUUGUUUAAUGGCUGUUCAGCUACAGGUGAAUUCUACAUGUGGCAGCAGUGGCUUGCAGUGAGCUCCCUGGUUUGGCAGCUCCAGGGCCCAGCCCAUGCUUGCCUUAAUGUGAGGACAGGCCACAUUACUAACACAAAACAAGGUGACUUCUGUUGUUUAGUUGUGAUUUGGAAGUGGCGUGACUUUAUUUUUCUUCUCAAGGAAGACUUUUUUCUUUCCCCUGCCACUGGGGUGUGUUGUGAGUGGAAGGCUAUUGUUGCCAGCAAAGACUCUGCACAGGGAAGCACUCUUAUUUCCAUCAUGCUGUUGUGUGGCUGCUGUGUGUGACAGCUCCUCCAGGCCCCUCAGCCCAAAGGCAGGGUCUGUUGAGCUGUACAUGGGCUUUUGGUUUUCUCACUGACUGUCAGACCAGAAGAGUCAGUGGUGAGCAAUAGUCCUCCAGCCAACCUUGUCACAUGGCACAUAGCUUGCCAGCUCUGACUGAGGAGAGGGGAGAGGGCCUGCAAUACCACACAAAUACCCAAAGAGCCUUUUUGCCCUCUUGAAAGCAAGUUGUGGUGCUGACCUGCUGGCACAGGCAAUGCAUGUGGGGCUGGGUGGCCCACGCUGCUGAUCUGUGGACAGCAUAAUACCUGGGGAGACAAAAGAUGCCAGCACUGCAGAGUGCAUGUUGGGACUGGGGGAGGCUGGUGAAAUGGUGAUGUACCUGAAGGGACUCAAGAAGCAGCUCAAUGACAGAAGCAGGCACUGCCUGCCCAUUGGGAGGAGCACUGACCCAGCUGUAAGUCAGCUCAGCAGGGAGAACGCAGCUGCUGGGUCAGGGUCGCUGGCUGUGGUCGUAGGUCUUUCAGCCAUGCCUGAGAGGACUGGAGCCAGCUGCCAGCAGGCUCUACCCUUUGGUGCUCAUGGCUCACUAAGAAAGGGGUGGGGAACAUGAUGCCAGCUGUUUGCAGCAGCCCUAGUGUCUUCCACACCAAAGCAGGCAUGGGCUUCUCUAACCCUCUCUGAGAUAGAUAGCUGAUGGCUGGUCCCAUCUUGUCCCUACCAGCUGUGGCAUGACUGUUCUUGGUGCCAUGCUCUUCAUGAUUGCUGUUUUAUUGUCUUGACAUUUUCUAAUGCUGGGGCUUGUCCCUGUUCCCUGAUUGUCUAUAAAUAAAUGUACAGAAUAAAGAUGUUUUAUGGAG